CCACCUUGACAUGGAUGACUCUAUCCAUCGUAAGCAUCACGGAAAGAAGACUUUUCUACUCUCCUUCCUUGCUAAACGCUAAAACAAUUCACUUUUUUCUGUCUGCUGUUUUUUUUUUUUUCCUCUCAAUUUCGAACGACCCAUUUUCACACAUGAGUAUUGAAUAGAUUCAUGAACCUGCCGUGUGCUGACUUCUAAAGAAUUGGACACUGUUCUUCCAAAAUUUCCAAGCAUUUUGAGGUCUUUUGGGGACAAUGGACUGAUGGGUUUCUCUUAAAAUCCUUAAAUUUGGGAGCUUUUUCAAGUUUAGUAGCCAAAUCCUUGCCUUUCCAGCCAAGAAAAGUGAAGCUCUUGACUUUGCAGGUUUUGUAGGUAGUCUUUGUUCUGCUUCAUCAUAUCUAUCUCUUUCUAGAUCUGGAUCUGCACUGUGGAAGUUAUUGUGUUUUAAUUCUUUGAGGGCUAUGAAGUGUUUUAUGUUCCCCAGUUGGGAUAAAAAAGAUGAACCAAAGACUCCCAAAUCAGUUUCAAAUCGGUCUAUGAAUUCUAUAUUCACUGAUCGUGAAAUAGGGCGGUCUGGGUCCGAAUUAAACUCUCAGAAUGUCUCAGGCAUCAGCACUGAGUCCAUGGGGAGGUCCUCUUUUCCUAGCAUGUCUCAAAGACCUAGCAAUCUGAGAGUGUUCACAGUUUCUGAACUUAAAUCUGCCACCAAGAAUUUUAGCCGCUCUGUCAUGAUUGGGGAGGGUGGAUUUGGUUGUGUUUACAAGGGGUUUAUUAAGGGUCCUGAUGAUUCAUCUCAAAAGAUUGAAGUAGCAGUGAAACAGCUUGGUAAAAGGGGGUUGCAGGGGCACAAGGAGUGGGUGACAGAAGUAAAUGUCCUUGGUGUGGUUGAGCAUCCAAAUCUUGUAAAGCUGGUGGGCUACUGUGCUGAAGAUGAUGAAAGAGGAAUCCAAAGGCUUUUGAUAUAUGAGUAUAUGCCCAAUAGAAGUGUGGAAAACCAUUUAUCUGUCCGGUCAGAGACAACUCUUUCCUGGGCAAUGAGAUUGAAAAUAGCCCAAGAUGCUGCAUGUGGGUUAGCAUACCUACAUGAAGGAAUGGAUUUCCAGAUCAUCUUCAGGGAUUUUAAAUCCUCGAAUAUCCUUCUGGAUGAGCAAUGGAAUGCAAAGUUAUCAGACUUUGGAUUAGCCAGGUUGGGCCCUUCAGAAGGAUUAACUCAUGUUUCAACAGCGGUUGUUGGAACAAUGGGAUAUGCUGCUCCUGAAUACAUCCAGACUGGACGUCUCACAUCCAAGAUUGAUGUGUGGAGCUAUGGGGUCUUCCUCUAUGAACUCAUUACCGGUAGGCGCCCUUUAGACAAAAACCGCCCGAAGGCUGAGCAAAAGCUUUUGGAAUGGGUAAAGCCAUACCUAUCUAAUGUGAAGAAAUUCCAGUUGAUAUUGGACCCUAGACUGAAAGGGAAAUACCAGCUUAAGUCUGCCCAGAAGCUUGCAAGUGUGGCCAACCGAUGCUUAGUCAGAAAUCCAAAGUCACGCCCUAAGAUGAGUGAGGUGUUAGAAAUGGUGAACCGGAUAGUGGAGGCAUCAGCAGGAUCCGGAAGCCCUGAACCACCAUUGAAGGUGGUGCCAUCCGUGGAUGCCUCUAGGGAAACUGAAAGAAAACAUAAAAGGACUAGAUUUCAGAAGUGGUGAAAAAUUUCUUCGGUCAUGGACUCCAAAGCUUGUAGGAACAUUUUAACAGCAGGUAACUUCAAGAUAUAAGCUAACCUCACCUGCAGCCUUUUCAGUUGGUUAGAUAUAACUUGAAACAACCUCAUAGAGCUUCAAAGGGUUUAGCAAGAAGUUGACUGAGCAAUGUAAUAAGCAUCCUAUUCAAUUAUACAUAAGGAAAAUUGUCCUGAAAUCCUUUGUUAAUAUGUAUAAAGCUGCUCUCUAAACCUAGAUGUGAAAAAGCUUUCAGUUGCUGCAACUUCUUAUGGGAAAUUAUUGUAACAUUCCCAUUUAGAUAUCAGAGGGUGUUGGGCUUGAAAUGUACUGUGUGAUUCUUUUUGCUUCUUGGGGAAGCUUUUUUUUGUUUUUUGGGUUUGGAAACAUGUAUGGGCAAGAUGUUCACAGCAUGUAUUUUUCUAAGACAAUUUGUCUCAUAUUUUCUCUAUGUAUAACAAUAAAAACAUAUUUGGGAUUUUUAUUAUGUCAUGUGCUCCAUAUAGGAUCUUCACCCAAUGCAAAGCUUACC